UACAGAAGAAUGGCUGCCAUCUUUAGUUUUCGAUGGAUGUUUUCCGAAGAGUUCGUGAAUUCUUAUAUUUAUUGCGGUAUUUAAUAACGUAAUUAAAUCUGAAAUAGUUAGAUAACGUUCAGCGCGAUGUAACGAGUGUUCAAUGCUCAUCAAUUUAAGCUGCCCUAGUGUCAAUUCCGUUAAAAAAUGCCUGUGUUUACAUCCAAGUUUGAAGUGAGCUUCUGUAUUCCUGUCAUAUUAAGUUUCAUAACCGAAAUCCUCAAAUAGCUCAACGAAGGAGAGAAAAAACGGAUAUUAAAACUGUAGUGUCAGAAGUUAUUGUUGAAACAAAUUUCGUCAAAUUUCAAUUUGGCGAAACAUCAAAGCCUCCAAGACGUCGACCCCAUCAGUGAUCAAGUUAACCGGGGGUGGAACAGGUGGGGGUGGGGAACAGGUGUCCCCUGGCCCUGGGCUACCUCCCCCUGUCACCCCUGCAGAGCUAAAUGAUCCAAUAGAUAGUAAAAAAACCGGAUCGGAGGCGGUUAACACGUUUGUACCAAAUGUAACGGACGCUACCAUGAGUUUUGUUCUUCAAUUAGGUAGCGUUGAAAAAACAUCUGAAGAAGUUAGCAACAACAACACUUCCGUACUACCUCAAGAAUUGGCUGGAUCGAUACCGACGAUCAGUGGGGUGAUUGGUAAACCUUUGAUUGCAACUGGUAACUGCAACAACAAAACCCAGAACUUGCAACAAAAUUUAAAAACUGUCAACAUCACGACUGUAACAGCUGGCUCUGCUUUAUCGCCUACUGUAAAACCUGUAACUGUUACUUACCCGGUAAACAGGACUGUCAGAGAUGCCCAGAGAAUCGGGGGUACGCAGACCAACACUACACAAGUCUUGACUACUAGGGUUAUUUCACAGAAAUUACCACAAUCCACCUACCAAAUACAUCCGACUUCUUUACCGUUGAAUUCUGCUGCACACGCCGUUCAUUUACCAAUAAAAUCAUUGCACUCACCUGGCACCAAUGUACCUAAGAUCCAAUCUUUGCCGUCUCCGACGGUUCCGCAAAAUGCGAAUGUACAAACUAAAAUCUUGGCCACGCUGCCGAAUGCGGUUCAAACUAAACAGCUGCAGCCGGCCACGAUAACAAAUUUCCAGACGACCAUGCAUCAGAAAUUACAAGUUUCUACGCAACAAAUUCUCAGCACAACUGGUGUGAAAACCAUCACUACAACAUCCGUGCCAAAUGUGCAAAGGAUACAAGUGAAGUCCCAAGGUAUCGGUGGUAAAUCGCAAACCGUUAAUUUGCAGAAGGUCAAAACAAUUACCAAUGUAAACAAUCAAACCGGGCAGCGAGGAGGCAAUUUACCAAGAAUACAAACUGUACCCAAGUCUCAAGUAAUCACUCCGACAACUCAAACCAUGCAAGUUUCAAUGAGUCAAGUAAUGAAUAGCGCAAAUAUGCAGAGAAUACAGCAGGUUAAUUCUUCCAAUGCACAACAACAACAACAACAACAACAACAACAUGUGCAAAAAGUUAAUCAACCAUUGAACAUUGGAAAUGUGCAGAAGGUGACGCAAGUAUUUAACAAUCAGAAAGUUCAAACUCAAGUAAUAACCAAUACGGCCGGUCAUGGUGUUCAAAAAGUACAACAUUCUGGACUGCAACAAGUACAACAAAUGCCACAAAAAAGGGCUCAGAGAGCCACUCAUAAGGGACUCGGUGUACAGAGGCAGCAACAACCUGCUACAUUGAAUAAUUUUUCAAAAACUGUCAACUCUGUAGCUGGUAUACAAAAGAUACAAACAAAUGCCCAACAGCAGCAAAAAAAUCUGCAAACAACACAACAGCAGAGGCCACAGAGUAUGGAGGUUCUUCAAAAAUCUCAAACACUUGCAACGGUAAAUUCGAACAAAACGCAAUCUGUGCCUAACAUCACAAAAAGUAACAGCGUUCCAAAUAUUUCUAAGCUGCAGCAUAAUCAAAAUUUACGUAAUGUCGCCAAGCAGCAAAUUGCUAGCCAACAACAACAACAACAACAACAACAACAACAACAACAACAACUAAAAGUUCACACUCCACAAAUAUCUCAGCUUCAGCAACAACUGAUGCAUCAAACCUCGCAACCUCAACAACAGCAGCAGCAACAGAAUAUUGUGCAAAAGCAACAGCAACAAAUGAACGUUGUUUCCCAAACACAGAAAUGUCAACCUAAUACUGGAGUACAACAAAAAGUGGCCACUAUUACGUCUGUUCCAAACAAUCAGAGGGUACAGGCAACUGCCAAUUCAAAAGCUCAGCAGCAGCAACAACAACAACAACAACAACAACAACAACAACAACAACAACAACAACCUCAAACUCAAAUGGUGCUGAGGGUUGGUCCGCAGAAAAAUCAAUCUCAGAAUAUGCAGCCUGGAAAUUUAAAGCCUGUUUCGCAGAAAAUGAUCAACAGUGUGAAACCUUUGAACCAGCAAAAUGUUGUACAGCAAUCGAAUCGUACAGUAAACUCCCAGCCAGUGAAAAUAAUUCAACAGCAACAACAAAAUAUCAUUGGCCCUCCGAAUACCCAGAAACAGCCGGGAUGUAUUAAGACUAUACCACCUCAAAAGCCGACGCAGAGAAAUCAUGUGCAAAAGAUGUCCGGCAUCAAGACAUCUUUGAAUACUAAUUUAAGCUCUUUAAAAGGGCAGGGAACACCGUCAUCGAUUGCACAGCAGAAAACUUGCAUUAAAACCUUACUUCCCCAACAACCUGGUGGGCCUAAUGUGUUACCCCAUAAAAAUCAACCUGUCAAGAUUCAACAGCAAACAAUACAACAAAAACAACUUGUCAUUACUGCUCAAUAUCCACAGCAAACCAGAGCUCAAACUGGUCAAAUCAAAACACUCUUACCAGUCGCAAGCGCGGACACUCGCAGGGAAAGUGAGAACAAAAAUGAGACUGAAGCUUACUCAGCGAAAGAUGACAGCACACAGCCAGAUCCUCAAUCUCCGGUACGAAGAAUGCCACUUCCGUACGAGUGUCUCCAGUUUGUCCUACAAGACCAUAACUACGGUGCGCCUCCACCGAGGACACCUCCCCCAGCAUCACCUCCGCCACAUCCUAAACAACAGCCCAUCAAUGGUGGAACAAGUUCUGCUGCAGUGUCCCAGCAUCCUUUCAUUUAUGGACAAGCAGUGAGCAGUAAGAAUGUUGAAGACGAUGCAGGUAGUGCGAUAAGCAGUGAGGCUGGAAGAGAGGCAGAACCGGAAGGUGAAGAAACAGAGACAGCACCAGAAGGAGAGGGAGAUGACGAAGAUAGCGUGACAAGAUGCAUUUGCGAAUUCGAACAUGAUGAUGGAUACAUGAUCUGCUGUGAUCGUUGCUUAGUUUGGCAACACGUGGAUUGCAUGGGUAUAGAUAGAUCUAAUAUACCUGACGAAUAUCUAUGCGAAAUGUGUCGGCCACGCCGUGUCGAUAGACAAAGAGCACGCGCGUUGCAACUUCGAAAGCGCGAGGAGCUUCUGAAUUCAGACACAUCUUCCGAUUCGUCGUCUACAAGCUCAGCCGAUACUGACGUUGGCGUAAAUCCAGUACAGAAGAAGCGAGCUCCUCAGCAGCAACAGCAGCAACAACAACACCAGCAAGCCCAGCAGCAGCAACAGCAACAACAGCAACAAGUCCAGCAGCAACAGCAACCGCUACCGCAACUACAACCUCAGCAGCAGCAACAGCAGCAACAACAACAACACCAACAACACCAACAACAGCAGCAGCAACAACAACAACAACAACAACAACAACAACAACAACAACCACAGCAACCAGCUCUGAGGAGAAAAUCUGAUCCUCCACCGCAAGUUAGACGAUUAAGCACUAACAACAAUAACAAUAAUGUUGCAAAGAGACAAAGAAGGGAUCCUCAUCCAAGACAGACUAGCGCAGUGCGUAAAAAGGAAACUGUCAAACGAGGCCUGGGCAAAAGAAAGACUAAGAGAAGAAUGAGCCUGGAGGAUAGAGAGGAGGAUACACAAGAUGCAUGGGGAACCAACAUGGCUCCUUUAAGACAAUGGAUAGAGCGAUAUGAAGAGGCUGUAACCAAUCAUUAUAGUCCUGAACUUCGGGCUAGGAUAUCCAGCAUCAAAGUUAAUGGCGCUCAUGGUGACUUGAGACAAAGCAAUAUGAAUGCUGCUGCGACUGGGAAAUGUAGGCUUAAUGUGCACAGUAAUAACCUGAGAUUCCUGGUCGCCACUAUGUAUUUGCCACCGAACACUCCAGUCGUUGAACUUCGUGGGAAAUACAUGCUGAGUACUCAGCACAGGCCUUCGCAUCCGCAAGGUCGACAACACGCACAAAGACCAGGACCUUUUGUGUUUUUUUACCGACUACCACGCGACGGGACAGAAGUUUGUGUUGAUACAAGAACUUAUGGUAACGACGCGAGGUUCGUUCGUCGAAGUUGUAAACCGAACGCUGAGGUGAAACAUUGCAUAGAGAAAGGAACAUUGCAUUUGUACAUUGUCACAACGACAAAUAUCGAGAAAAAUGCUGAAAUCACUAUCAAGCAUGAGCAGCACGAUAUCAUGCUCUCUCCGAAUCCAAAUUCACCUGUUGCACCACUUAUUUGUGCUUGCAACAAUACGCGAGAGUGUCAAGUCGCCAGUAUGGGACAACCAGGUAGACGAGGAAGCAACGGAGCCCUUGCAGAAAAUGCCGACGGUAGGGAAAGAAGACGGCGAGGCAGAAGAAACACAGUGUGCGAAGAUAGUGACUCCUUGUCUGCAGUUUCUACUAUAAGUGUUACUCAGACGACUCCAACACCUGUGCCAGCACCAACGGCAGCUCCUCCUCGAAGAACUAUCACAAAUGCAAAUAUAAGUGCAACAGUGACACGUCAGGUAGCUAAAGAAGAACCAUCAACUACAGUGCAGCAGCCUCUUACUUCGCCUUCUAUUACACCAUCGCAAGCUCCAGAGUCAAAUAAAAAGGACAAAAAGAAAAUGACGAGGGAAGAGCGUAAGAUGGAAGCGAUCAUGAAGGCUUUUGAAAGAUUGGAAAAAGCAGAACAAAGGAAACAGGAAGUUCAGGCAAGAAAUGCACAGAGAAAAGAAUCUGGUGGUACGCAUAGUGACAACGAGGAAAGUCAAGUUACUUCUGCCCCUCCUUUGAAACAAAAAUCCCAAAACACGGAAAGGCCUGUUCGACGAAAGAGGAGAAAGGGUCGCGCGCGAACAACCAGCAGCUCUCAUUCACAGCAAAGCAGAUGCAGGACAAGAUUAAAUUCGGCGGACUCUGAUAUAUCGUCGGGAGAAGAGAGUAAUUCUCUGCAGUCACCACCCCUUCCGAAUCAGAGUUACCCACCGAUACGGGGAAUGCCUUCUUACACUUCACAUCUUCAUACUCCAACGAAAGAUGUGACCGAUAGCGGCAGCGUUGGAGCUGCUGGCCAUCAUGGAAUUCCAACAGCUGCUGGCUUGCUACUUGCUUUAGCAAAUUCUAAUAUACCAGGGCCGAGUUCUCCACCUCUGCAGCAGCCAACUCCAAUCAAGAGUCCUACGUGCGAUAGCGGCGCCAGUAGCAGCUCCCAAAGCUCAACUCCAUCUACUCCUCUAUCUUCCGCUUGUUUACUGGUCGCAGCAGCUGUCGGGCCAUUAGCGCCAGGUUUCAAGUUUCCAAAAACUAAGAAGGUCCUUAUGAAUGAGUGGCUGAAAGAAUCUCCAGAUCCACCUCAAACCCAUAUUCCUCAAAUAUCCCCAAUACCUGCUGUGCCUCCAGCACCAUUGAAUAAUCCUGUCAAUCAAUUGAACAAACCGACCGACUUCUUGUCACCAACCGAUCCAUCGCCUGAAUUUCUUACUCAAAGUUAUGCAGCUAAAAGUUUGGCCACUUUGGUCCAGGCCGCGAAUUCUGUUUCCGGAAUUUGCGACUCUCCUCCUCAGCGAAGACAAACUAUAACUGGAAAUUCGUCGUGCUCAGGAUCUACCGGCUCUGCAAAAAAAAGGUGGCUAAGACAAGCUAUUUCUGAAGAAUGCGAUUCUCCUAACAGCAGGCCAGAGAGUCCACCCAACGAGAUAGUUGCAGCUCCACCCAAAAAAAGAAGGAUCGCCAGGGAAAGUUUGUCAUCUGACAAUUAUACGCCGCCUACUACACCAACUCUGCUGACAUCUGAACAACCCACACUUUCUCAGCCAACAUGUCAUAAUGAGGAUGAAUUCGUGGAUAUGCCUCAAUCCCCCAUUAAUGAGAGAUCUACACCGAAUUUAGAAUAUGGACAAGACAAUGUGAAGGAUGAAGUUGAUUCAGAGUCUGAAACAGCAGAUGUGAACGAGGUGAAAGAAAAAAUCGAGUUCACAAAUUCUAAAUUUGACAACCCUGAGUCAGCACUUUGCAUAAAAGAUGAGAAAGAUGACGAACUAAUGCCAAUGGUUAAAAGCGGAUCGGUCUUUCCAGAAAAAGCGCUAAGUAACGAGUUUGUAAAAGACGAAAAACCUUUGAAGAAUUCACAGUCCCCUUGUAAGUCUGAACCAGCUGUUAUCAAAAGUGAAAUUUCUGAUGCUCAACUAAUGUCUGUCAAUAAAACUGAACCAAAUCAGGUAAAAGAUGAGCCAACAGAACAUCAAGGAGAGUCUCAACACAUCAAAAAAGAACCGAUUACGUUAAAGAAGGAAACGCAAGUGGUGCUAAUUGAAAAAGGCACAGUGGAAAUUGUCGAUCAGAAUGAACCAGACACAGAAAUGGAAGACCUAAGUUCACCGAUUGCUGCAAUGGAAUCGGACGCAGUACUGAAACAAAGGGCAGCUGAAAUGCGGCUUGAAUUUAGUGGCAGUAUUGCAGAAAUAGUAAAUAUUGCCAGUGAGAAUGAAAAAUCCGACGAUGACAGGAAGUUUGAGAACAAUAGAUCCGAUGAAGUGAAAUCAGACGACAACAUGUCUAUUGAUGAGUUUGAUGUCGAGGCACAAAUGAUGAAAAUUACUGGAGACGAUGGAAACGAUUACAAAGAGAAAGUCGAUACAAGUUCGGAGAAAGACAAAAGCAUGGACGGCAUUGAGGGGCUAAUGGAAAGUUCGAAAGAGGAUUCCGAAUCCGAAGAUAGAGACAUGGAUGAUCUUAAGGAGGAGAGUAUUUCGUUUAAAGAAUUCCAUAUAAACUCUAAGAUGCGGGCAUUUAGAGAGUUUGAGAGAAAACCCGAGAAGAGAGACUUCAUCGACUUCGAAAAUAAGCAAACGACAAAUCGCGACAAUUUCGAACCUCCGAAGGUAGACAACUUAGGUGAGUCGGUAACUUUGUCAGAGGAAUCUAUACUCGAGUCAACGUCGUCGAACAUUGAUGUGGAAUCAAUUGCAGAUGCUCCGCAAAUUCAAUUUCCCAUUCCACCACUUAGCGAAAGAAUACGUAAAAAACCUGAACAAACACAACCCGCCAAGUUGCAGCUUGAUUUUGAAGCAUCGAUCAUUGAAUCCACUAUUGAGAUUGAAGUAGGUAAUGCUUCGACAGAAGAUGGACAAAAAUCAAUGCUCUCUUCGGCCCUCAGAGAAUUAUUAGAGGCAAAAAUUGAUGUUGAUCCAGAACCAGUGAAAAUGGAGAUACCCAACGAAGAAAUGAACGUUAUUUCUAAUGAUGAUCAGAUGGACCGAAUUUCAUGUACCAAUCCUGUUAAAAAUGACGAUGAUGUCAUAAAAACUGAUAAAGAUCCUGUACGUGUUGAAAACGUUUCUGAGAGGGUGGAGGAAAAUGUUCCAAACGAACCUAAACGUUUAAAAGAUCCUAGAACUAUUACGCCUACGGAUAUGCCAGCACCACCUGCCUCGAAGCCGGAGAUUCCUGCUCCAGUCAAGCGCAAGGUUAGAACGUUGUCAAUAUCAGAGUAUCGAAAACGUAAGCAACAGUCUACUGGCACGCCACCUGAGCCAGAACCAGAGCCAUCAACUGACAUGUUGUCAGAACGGGGGGGUGCAAGGGGUAGAUCAGACAGUGCUAGUAGCGGAACUUCUUCGCUAAGUUCUGAUGAAGAAGGAAAUUCAAAAGUUGCAUUGGAUCUACCAAGCUUAACAACUCUACCACUGUUCAUCAACGUAGAUAGCGAUGAAAAGAAAGGUGGAGAAGAAGGAGUAAUGGGCUGGUCCGCUGCCCCAACUUUGGUUGAACGCCAGCGAGAGAAUCUUACCGAGAGACUAAAACGCGAGUUUGGACUGUUUCUCAGUGAUGAUGAGGAAGAAAGAGCCCGCAAACAAGGUUUGACUGCAGAGGCAAUUCUGAAGGCCCGAAAAUUAUCCCCUUCUGCUCAUGCUCCGAUUCCUAUUGCAGCAACUGUGUAUCCAUCUCCGCAAUUACCUCCUCAACCUUAUAUACCACCUCCUGGCUCAGCCCCGAUCCAUUUCCCUCAGUUUCAAGCUAAACCAGUGCCAGUGCAAUACUCGAACUUUGCAGUGCCUCAAGCGGUGUCUCAGCCGAUAUAUCCAAGCGCAGCGGCACAACCUUUGCCUAACAAACAGCAAACGCAACAAUUUUUAAUACCUCAAGCACCACCGGGUUCUAAUCCUUACCCACCGCAGUUCGUACCAUCUUCGUCGGCUGUUCCAGCCCAGAGAUUUCCAACUGCGCCUCCACCACCACCACCUCCGCCACCGCUGACUGCUCAAUUUUUUCCACCGCCAUCCCAGGCUCAGAAAACGUUCUUCAACCAUCCGGCACCAAGAACAUAACUCACGCUAAGGCUAGUAACGUUGCAAAUUUUUUAGUCAAGUGAAAGAACUUUGAAACUGAAAUAUUUGUUUUGUUGUUGACUACAUUGAUAUUGUCAAAUUGUGUAUAUGCUGGUCCAGUAAUUAUUAUACACAAGGUUUAUUACUCCUGGACUGCUGAUGAAGCAUAAAAACUUAGAAAGUGUCCUCUGAGUUUGAGACACUAAAAAAAAAAGGCUGUGCGUGACAGAUGUGACGAGCCUUCUUUCAGAAUGUUUUGUACAUUUUUUCUCUAUCUUUUAUUCUUUAAUUUUUCUUCUUAGUCCCUCUGCAUUAUUUGUAUGCUUUCUAGCAAUUACUACGAGAAAACAGUAAGGCAUUGGAUAUUACGAAAAAAACAUACCGUACUAUCACCCAGUUAGGUCUCAAUUUGGUUGUACAUAUAUAAACAAAUACGAUUGGGGAGUAUUUUUAGUCUGUUGUAUUUAUUCUGACUGUAAGUUAGUGCUGAAACCGGUGUUGCAUUUUGUAGUAAUGAUUCGUCACAUUAGUGUUGCGUCUUUCUGAUGAAAUGUUUUAUGACAGAGUUCACCCAGCUUUCGAUUGACAAGUUUAAGGCAUAGUAUUCAAACAGGGAGUGGGUGUUUUUGAUAUUUUGUUAUGUUUUCAAAACGUUGAUAAUUCGAAUAUUUCAUCACGCGUAUUCUCGACCCCCUUUCUCCUCAUCUGCUCCAAGAAUAAUCAGUUUAGAAGUCAUACACUUCUCAUAAACGAGUCAUCCUAAUGUGUUGAAACAUAGCAUUAAUCUGUUAUCGAUAAAACCGAUUUCAAUUAACACAAUAUAAGCUGGAGAGAUCAAUCUCAAGAUUUGUUUAAUCAACUACCUUACGAACUCUGCUUUAGUUAUAGAACAGAACGUAAUAAAUGAUUAGUUCACGAUCGUUACUAAAUCGAAGAUCCGUACGUAUGUACAUCUUCAACAUUACUUGUAAUAUGCACAUUAUAUAAAUUUGAACCUACGUUGUCCAUCUUGUCUGUACAUAUUAUUUACAUACAUGCAUAAUAUAAUAUAACGAUAUGAAAAUUAUAUAUUUAACUGUAGUUAUUUUAGAUUCAUAUAUAAACUUAUGUCGUAUAGGUAAGUGGGGUGCUGUUAAAUAUUAUCAGCAUUAUGCCCAAAAUUCUCUAUAUUUUAUAUUUGAUUGUAAAAUGCCCAAUGAUUAGUUAUAAUAAAUGAAAAAUGCUAAAAUUUAUUUUUGCGUUUGGAUUCGAUUUAUUGUAUGACGUACUCAUACACAGGUUAAAUGGUCGGACUCUCCAGCUCUUUGCGACAGUUAACAUUGAUAGUUCAAAUGUGAAAGUGCAUUGAUAACCGUUAUUUUUAUUUUUUAUUUUUGUCGUUGCUGGAGCUGAUCGACCAAUUUGUUACGGCCUGGCUUAGCAUUAUCUAAUAAACUUGAAUCAAAAAAUAAUAAUUUUUCUGAAUUCCUCGUGUAUUUGAAGUUUUGAAAAAAUGGCGUUUAUUUUCUGUAUGUCAAAAUGAAAUUUUUUUUUUUUAUGAUACGGUUUUCGAAUAAAAAUGUUUUAAAUUAUAUGUAUUUUUAGUUAAAUAGUUGAUAGAGGUACAAAUGUAUAUUUCAGUUAAAUGAAAGCAGUAAACACAAGGCGCAAAUGAAAAAAGUAAAAAAAAAAAAUAAAGAAGAAAAAAGAAUCAUUUUUAAAACAUGGGAAAAUUAUUACCCCAAAACUUAACAUUCAACUAAGUACAAAACUCGAUGAACGGCGAAAAAAAUUUUUAAUGUUUAAAACAUUAAAACUAGAGUAAAGAGAAAAAUAUUUAUCAUGGCAGGAGAAUUGUAGAAAAAGUUUUUAAGUAAAAAUAUGCCAUUGCCAUUAACAUUUUUUACCUCUGUGUAUCGCAGAGAACCAGCUCAAAUUCUUACAUUUUUGGUAAAUUCAUGACAAAAUAAAAUCAAAGCUUAAAAGUUUCAUCAAUAAAGAGCAGCUUUCAUGAGAAGCGUGGAACUUUUCAGAUUUUCAGAUGUAUGGAAUUUCUGAAAUGCAUUGAAAUGUAGAUUGCAUUUUCAUAUUUUUCCACUUUUGCACACACGUUGAAGAUUUCUGAUUUUAUGACGUGCAUGUUUGAAAUUUCUUUCUAUGGGCAACAUUAAGUAAAAGUAUACAGUCACACGUAUACAUAUAUAUAUAAAUAUUUUUUUGAAUAAAAUAAUCUGCUAGUUACGCAACUACCCAGUGCAUAAUAAUUAUAUUGCGUUAUACAUCUACAUAGAUAAUCAAUACUUAAGAAUUAAGUCAAUCUAACUAUUGUAUAUGUGUACAUAGCGUAAGUGUAUGAUGACUGAUGCAGCAGUUAAAAUUCGUCACAGUCAUAAAUUUUUUAAAGAUAGGUGGGACACAUGCUUUUUUUUAACUUAAAGAAUAUGUGAUGUCAAUUUUGCUGUAAUUUUACAUUGAGUUAAAGUAUGAAUCAAGUAUGCAAUUAAUUCCAUAAAUUCUGUUGCAUCUUACUAAUUUAUAAAUUGGCUGAGUUUUCAUCACAUUAUGUAGUUUGCUGCACACAAUACAUGUAAAGAACACAUUCAAAUAUAUGGCUAGCACUGGUAGUAACAUCAUCCUCUUUAGUCCCAAUGAACCUUUCACGCUCAUGGUUGUUUUCAAGCUGCAUUAUUGGUGCUGACGGCAGAUUUAAAAAUCUUGUACCUUUCGAAUAAGCUUAAAUAAUGAUGCUUUUCUUACAUUAAGUUGUAAAUUCAUUUGUAAAUAUGUAAUUCCUUGGUAAAUUAUAACUUAUUCAAUUCGACAUUGAAGCAAAAAUACAUAUGGGGCACUCUACGCCAACUGUACCAACGUUGGACCCUCAAUUUUUUGAUUUUGUUUGAAAUUUUUUAUGCCAUUGUCCCAUCUCCAAAACAGUACUCUCAAUUUUUCAGAUUAUUUUCAGUUAAUUUGCUUUAUCUAUGAUUUUUGAAAACCAACAUGUCUUAUGGCAUAAUUUACAAACCUCAUCAAAUUCUCAAAAAUCAUGUGUUGGAUAUAAUAAUUGUCAAGCUGAGACUUAAAGUAAGCCGGGGAUCACCUUGACUCUUUUGUAAGCUCUUCACAGACAAAAAAAUAUAAGAAAGAGUCAGUUUACUAUGGACGUCGCUCAAAUAUUUUCUCAUGCAACACCACAUUUUUAAACUAUGACAUAAGACGUGUUGGUUUUCAAAAACCAUAAGUAAUAUAAAUUCACUCGAAAAAUUCUGACGAAAUUCAGAGUAUUGUUUUGGAAUAGGCACAAUUGCAUAAAAUUUUUUUAUCGAAAUCGAAAAUGGUGAAUGCCCUAUAUAUUUGAAAUUGAAAUAUUAAACAGAUUCACAGUAUGACGAUUUACAAAGCAACGAACAGUUUAUUGUUGUUUUUUUGAAGCUUCUAUUUGUGGUGGCGAUGUGAUAUAAUAUUUCAUUGAAAAAACUUCUAUUGAAAUAAAUUAUGCACAGACUAAAUUAUAAAGCUCCAGUGUAUUAAAAAAAUUUAUUGGUCAAUUCAUUCUAAUCAAUCUUCUGUAUUUUGAUGUUGAGACGCAGCUCAAUGCAAUAUAUUGGUACAAAAUUAUGAUAAAUAUAGUGUUAGUUGUUUUUAUAAAAGUUCUUAUUAUCCUCGUAAGGUUGGUUAUAAAUUGGAUGUCUUUAUCGAGUACUUCAAAUUUCUUAAGUUUUGCAUUUUGAUACUUGAGAUAGAAAAAAUGAACUAUUUGAAUGCUGUAAAGAAUUACUUCACUUUAUAUCUUGCAUUAGUUUAAGCUUCUCUGUAUGUUAUACAAUGCUUUGCAUCAACAUAAUAUAAGCGAAGACUAUUUCUGAGGUUGUGUGCAAAAGAUUUAAAUAGUAGUAAUCUGCAAAAAAAUAAAACACAAAAUUCACGUAAAAUUUCUUUAGGCUUGCAAAGAAUGAGAUCUUUGAACUUGACUUUUGCAAUAUAAUUUUUCACAUAAAUUGCAGUGUUAUAGAAGUAUGAUAUGCUAAAAUACCUCAAUUUUGAGCUGCCUACGUUAAAGAACAUUUCUUUUCUGUUUCAAUGUACUGAGGCAUAAAUACAAUUCAUCCUAGUGCAGCUAACUGAUCUAUUUUGAUUUUUUAAAAAGAUCGAAAAACAGCUUCAAACAAUUGCAAACAUGGUUUACUCUAUCAAAUUCUUUUCAUCUUUUGCAUGUUCCUACUGAGAGUUCAAAACUAGUUUUAAUUUAAUUCGUUUUUGUAAGCCAUAAACAUGUUAUGUAAAUAAUUAGUAUCCUUCGAACAAAUAUUGUUACACUAAAUAUUUUAUUGCUUUUUUUUUCUAAUAUGAAACUAAUCAUAGGUACUAACACUUGUAUUACGUAGGGUUUCAUGCAUUGCAAACGCUCAAUAUUCUCUUGGCACUUAAAAAAUUUUCUUUUCAAUAAUUAGCUACACAGCAAAAGUUUUGGUAGAACGGAUGUAAUUUUCAACUUCAACCAAGGAAACUCCAAUAAUCGUUACGCUUGCAAGACUUAAUACAUGUUUGAAUAAUAGGACGAUAUAACUGCAUAGAUAACUGAUGAUUCCCGUCUGGAUUCAUGUACAGUAAUUAAUGGUAUACAAUAUUAAUACUGUUUCAAAUCUAAACACUUGAAUUACUAAAUCUGUGAUAAAUUUAUCAAAAGUUCGAACUUUCCAGAAAUACAUUCAUAGACCAAACAAGGGCGCAACUAUUUCAACUCAUCAUUUCAAAUCUCUGAUUGUACUACUUCUAGUGUUGUUGUUUCACAAUCGGUUGUACUUGGUUGUAAUUGGAAAAAAAUUCUCACACAAUAUCGUCUUCAACAAAGCGUGUAAAUUUUUUUCGUUGAAUUUAGAUUCUUUGAGUAUAUUAUUUACGUUUACUGUAUCUUUUUUCCUACCAUAAAUUACAUACAUAUGCGUAUCGAUAGUUCCGAUGUUAAAAUUAGAAGAAAAAAAAAACAGCUACACCCUUACGAAUGAACAAUUUGUGUGCAAUCUCAAACAAUGAUACAGCAUCUGUUUGCAUAGUAUAUUAUAUGUACAGCGUGUAAUCAGUGGUCUUGAUAUAGAAUGAAGUAUUUAUUAUGUUUGCAUACAAAUAAGAUUCAAUCUGGAGUAAAGAAGCUUGAUUUUUUUUCAAUUGUAACAAGAUAUCAGCACCAAAGUUCGAAAAAUGUCUUAGUAUAUGGUCAUGUGUCGCCCUAUUUUAAUAUAAGCAGCAUCUACAAUCUCACAGUUAAGAGCACCAGUUUUAUUGACAUAUUAAAAAAUUAUCCAUCUCAAGACUCAAUGACCUUAGGUAGUGAAAAAACUUACACUUCUAAUACGUCCGAAAAUAGGGUGACAAAUUACCAAACAAGUAAUUGAUAAAUCUAAAUUGUGUUCACAUCUGUAUUUCAAAAUGAAUCGAAAUAUGCUUGCAUAGCUUGUUGAUUUUAUUUAUGCUACACACAGUCUUGGCUUUGCCUUGAUUCCGUUCAAAUGGACGCAAUUAAGGAGUGACUUCAACGUGAUAGCUCUGUUGAUCGUCUGGCAGUUAUCAGACCUUUUCAUUCUGCACUCUUCUUGGAUAGGAAAUUACUGUUAAAUACGUACUAAACUGAGAAAUUAAGCAGAUUUAUACGAUUACGCAAAAAAUAUAAUAUAAAAAUACAAGUCUAAGUAUCUCUCAUAUAUUGAAUAUGCAGUGAAAAGUGUAAAUACAAGAUGUAUAAAUUAGUUUAGCUGUAGCACAUAAAUUUUGCAGACCUGUCUCAUUUAUUGUAACAAUUGCAAUCGCUUUGCUUGUAACCAACUUAACAACUACCCUGAAUAUUGUACAAUUCUGUUACAACCCUGCUAUAUUUGUAUCAUAGAUGUGUUAGCAUAAUAAGUAAUUAUUCGUACUAUUCGACAUAAGGUAGCAUAAAAGAGAAAGAAUUAAAGUGGUCUAAAAUAAUUGUUUCAGUGUUGUAAAUAAAUUAGAAUAUAGCUAAUAAUAAUUACAUACAUAUAUACAUAUAUAUAAAAAUAUAUACAUAAAAAUUUGAAAUAUUAAUAUUAAAAAUAAUAUCAGAACACAUAUUAUAAUUUUUUAUUUGCGAUUCGCUGUUACAUGUAUGUGCCUAGAUAUAGCAAUGUUAUAUGAUAUGAUAAAUUAAUUCAUGUUAUUAAGUAAUAAGUGUAACGAGUUCUUCAAUAUCAGAUAUUGGAUAUGGUAUAAAUUUAUUAUACAAUAUUGUAAAGAGCUCAUAUUUAGGCAUACAUGAAAUUUAAUAAAAUCGAAAUACAUUUUACGAAUUAAAAUACAA